ACGAAAAUAUAUUCCAUCGAGAUAUUUUUUUCUCGUGAGGGAUCAAUAGAGCCCAGGGUGUCGAAGAGGAAGGGCCAUCAUUUACGUCUAGAGGUUCCUCGAGCUAAGGUCGAUGUCGCAAAGAAAAGUUUUCGAUAAUACCUUUGACAAACCACUGCUCAUCGAUACGGAUUAUGUUGCAUUCAAUGUCAAGUGUCUGACAUCUGUUGGUCUGUGGAAUCCAUAUAAGAAUCAUCAGAAAUGGCUCUAUCAUGUCUACACAGUGAUUGUCGCCUUUUUCAUACCGUUGAUGAGAGUGGAUGGAUUUAUCAUGGCAAUUUGGCAUUUGCAACAAUCCUUCGUUCAACAGACGUUAAUGUUGGUUAUAAUAUCAGUAUUUGUAGUUGGCGUACUGAAACAUAUGAAUGUACUGUGGCAUCAUUCAGAUAUUGCAUUCGUUGCUACUGUCUUUACUUGGGAGAGAUCUAUGGUCUGCUCAGCAGAAGUUGCUGUUUACAGGGAGAAAGUUGUGACGCAAACAAUGAAAAUUAUGAAAAAAUCCACGUUGAUAUGGUUGUGGCUCGCCAUUUUUGAUCUGCCGUUCUUAUACCGCCGUAAUGUGGAUGAAAAUAAUCGAUCCGUCGAGCAGCUAUCAAUUAGCUUCACAAUAUUCGGACACUACCUGACAAAGUUGAAUUUUUUUACUGUGUUGUCACUAGAUUAUGUGACAGUAGUACUGUCUGCGUGGUCGGUAAUAACAAAUGACUGCAUGUUUCUGAGUCUCAUGCUCCAGAUGAAAACACAAUUCCAAAUUCUUAAUUUCCGUCUUAAAAGAUGUGCAAAUCAGGUUCAGGAUUAUGGAACCGCCGAUGCACCGCCGAAUAAUUUCGAGGGUUCCGAUGGAACUAUUCAUAAACGACAUGUCAAUACAAAUGAGGAACUCCGUAUUUGUAUUCAACAUUAUCAAAAAAUGUUUGGGUUAAUGCGUAUAUUGAAUAAAGUGUAUGGAGCAGUGCUUUUACCACAGAUAAUUUCAAGUGUAAGUCUAUUAACAAUGAUGGGAGUUCACGUCUUUAUGACUCAGACAGUGAAUUUUCGGGAUGCAAGUGAUUUAAUAAUUCUUAUGCUGACCUUUACCAGCGCAUUGAUGGAAAUCGGUCUGUACUGCUUAGGGGGCCAGACCGUAAUGACGGAAAGUGAACGUACCAGAGCAGCCGUAUACGACUCUGAAUGGUAUCUGCAAGAUUCCGAAUUUAAAAACAAUCUGGUAACAUUUUUAGGCAUGGCUGGGCGGCCAUUUUCCCUCAGAGCUGCUGGAUUUUUUGAAAUGUCACUGGUCACAUUGAAAAGUAUAUUGUCGAAAUCUUACUCAGCAACGGCGGUUUUGCAGAGCUCUCUUGCUUAAAAUAGUGGGUGAAAAAUAAUAUUAGAUGGCAUAUCUUGGGAGUGAAUAUGUAAAUAUUCAUGGCAAAUAUAUAUAUUAGAAAUUGACACAGUAUAUUUUGUUAUGGGAGUUAAUCUAUAAAAUAUUUGUGGAUGAUGAUGAUGAUGAUGUUGGAGUAUAGCAUGUGCGUCUGGGACGGAAAACAUGGCUUUUCGUUCUUGAUGUACAAUAUAAUAUUUGGUGUUUCCGAGAUGAUCGGGGAAGGUGUCACAUGACCUGUCCUCCGAUUGGUCGAACCCAGGAAGAAGGGAAUGCUAUGUUCGAGUGAGUCCUGCAGACACCUGUAAAUUCACAAGUUCGUCAAGUUUUUAAGGAGCAUCUAUUGCGCAGGAAUGAACAAAAAGGAGAAGUUUAUUAAUUUCAAGUAUUUGAAGUGAUAACAGGAUUGUGAAGAGUUUGAGUAAAAUUGGAAACAACGACUUUUCGUUAUCAAUAAAAUAAAUCGGAG